ACUUGAAAAGUGCAAUAAAAUCAGGACAAACUAGCAUACUACUUUAAAUUGUGCACAGUAUGCAUACUUACUUUGUGCAUUCAAUUUCCCGAUGUCCUACUACUUUUGUCAAAAUGUGCACGUGCAUAAUAUAUCCAACAUCUGUAACGUUUCUUUCUUAAACAGUUAUUCUACCAAAAGAGACACUGUACACAAAAAAAAUGGCAUAUUUAUUAUCUGAGAUGAUAACUAGACGACUCUUGCUGAAAUUUAGGACACUUAAUGUAACAUUCUAACAUUUGAAAAGUUCCAAAUUGUUCAAAUACUAUUUUUAAGAAAUAGUAAACUGCACAAUUUAACAUGUGAAGCCACGCCCUAAUGUCAAUCAGCGACACCUGUCACAUGAUCACUGAUCAUUUACAUAUUCACACAUCUCAUGUAAGUCAGGAAGAGAAAUCAGGUAAAACUUUAUCUAGUCCUCAGACUACAGUGUUAACUAUAGGUCCCAUAAGAUGUUGGAGGCAAGCCAAAAUCCGAUUCAAUCCGAUUUUCCGUACUCAUUUUCCGAGGACGGUCACCUGCGGCACAGAGAAACCUCUGAACCCUACAGGUUUACCUUCAAACUACACGACGCCCGUGAAACCGAGCGGGAGCAUCGCAGCCUGUGUCUCUACAUCACCCAGCACGUGUACGGCCUCUUAGAAAGGAAGUUUCAGCUUAUCAGGGAGAAUCUGGAGGACAGCAGUUUUGUAUUCAUGAGUCCAGGAGCACUGGAGCAUCCUGGGAGUCUUUUGGUGCUGAUCCAGGAUUGGGGAACGGUUCGGAGCGGCGUGUGGAGCUGGAAGCUCGCGGCCCACGACGGUCUGGAGCGAGGCAGUCAGAUCCCGUACCUGCGCUGGGCUUUGCUGGAAUCAUGUGCCGUUCUUCUGACGAACCCCAACGAGGGUGUGCGAACUCAAGAACAUCACGUCCGGUUGGUUUGGGAACGCCUGGUUUCCCAGAGUUCUGCAGAGCACGUCUUUGUGGUCGCACAUGGAUACGGAGGCCUGGCUUUUGUGGAUCUGCUGUGCCAUCGGCUGGAGGAGGUUCAGCGCCGUGUGAAGGCCGUGGCUUUCCUGGAUUCGUCCCACAGCCUUUGGCAUCAACCGUUGGGAAAUGCCGGACGCGACUGGCUGAAAUCCCACUCCAGAACAUGGAUUCUCAGCACGAAGCCUCUGAAUCGCUCUGUGGGCUCACUGAAGGCCGGUUGCACGCAGAUGUCCGCAGGUACUCAAUGCCACGACUCUGCGCCCGCCGUCUGCAUGGAGUCCGUGUUCCGCUUCUUCUCCAAGAUUAUCAAACCUAAAGCCGCACCGACUCCCUUCGAGAUCAUCACCAGGAGCAAGAGCCGUGCGAACGAGCAAAAUAACAACGCUGAUCACUGACCAAAUCUCAAAUAAAUUUCUUUGCAUCACAAUGAUAAUUUCUGUCCUUUACAUUCUUGUUUUUUUAUGGAAUAUUGCAGUGUUUAUGUUAAAUGAUUUAUCGGUGCACAUCAUUGUGUUAAAGGGUUAGUUCACCCAAAAUGAAAGGUGCUAGCAUGUUUUAACAUGUUGCUAGCAUGAUUUAGCACAUUGCUAACAUGUUUUAACAUGUUGUUAACAUAAUAUAAUGUUUCUAACAUGGCAUAGCACAUUGCUAAUGUUUUAGCACAUUAGUAUGUUUCUAGCAUGAUGUAAGUGCUAACAUGUUUCUAACAUGAUUAUCACACUGCUAACAUGAAUUAGCAUUAUUUUGUAUGGUACAAGCAUGUUUUAACAUGUUGCUGCUAGCAUGAUUUAAUAUGUUGCUACCAUGUUUCCAGCAUGUUUAGCACAUUGCUGACAUGUUUUAACAUGUUUCUAACAUGAUUUAGCACAUUGCUAGCAUGUUUUAACACAUUAGUAUGUUUUUAACAUGAUGUAAAGUAACUGCUAACAUGUUUCUAACAUGAUUAUCACAUUGUUAACAUGUUUUAGCAUUAUUUAAAAUGGUGCAAUCAUGUUUUAACAUGUUGCUAACAUGAUUUCAUUAGGCAGCAAUGUCAUUGCACCUUUUGAGGUCCAGAAAGGUAGUAAAGACAUCGUUAAAUUAAGUCAAUGUGACUGCAAUGGUUCAACCUUAACUACUGAAACCUUAUUGAAAAGUGUUACAUACCUUAAAUAGUGUAAAAUGGAAAAAAAAAAUUGUCAUGAAUCUUCUACAGGUCAGUGUGAAUCAGUGUGCUUUAUUUUAAAAACAGAGAAAAAUAUCACGACACAAAACAAGUGUGGCAUAAUAAAUACUUCAGACUGUCGUUUCCACAGGAAACUCUCCAUCCUCUCGCUCAGACAAA